AUGCCAUCCGCUGCUGCUGCUGCCGCUGCUGUUGCUCAGGGACCUGUCGUUGGACCCGAUGGCGCUCCAGGGUGGGACAAUGUGCAGGAGCUGGCUGCUUACCUGGUGGGUCUUCGAGAGGCUGUUUACCUCACCGAUCCAGAGGUGACUGAGGUCAUCCAGCUGUGGGCCGCUCUCCCUGACAGUGACAAGGCGCGGAUCGACUACCAGCCACGUCACCAGGAUCGUCUGCCACUUGGCCGCUUUAAGGCCCCAAAGCGGUCAGCAGUCACGCCGGGUGUGGAGAGUGUGAAGCGCUGCCUGAUCGGACACCCUGGGGGAGCGGCUCAGUGGCCCAGUACCAGCCGUGUGGUGGAAGCCAUGUGUGUACGGCUGUGCAGGCUGCACAAGUCCACUACCAAGAAGGACGGGGUUGCAAAACCCAGAUGGGCAAAGAUCCUGGACGACUACCACCACAUCCGGGACCUCUUGAUUAACAGCCCAAGACUGAAGGCAGAGACCACCAUUCAGCUGUUUGAGCUGAGCGAGACGACACUUAAGCAGUGGUUUCAAAAACGGCUGAAAGACCAGGAGAGGACUACGCUCACGCAGGGACUGACACCAUCCACGCCCCAGAUUCCAGUCGCUGCUGCCCAACUCCCGCCACCUCAGGAGAAACUUGAUGUGCAGCCGGUGUCAUCUGGACCACAGCACCAGUUUGUACUGCCGCUGAAUCGGGUGGGACAGGCUCCAGUGUUGCGCCCAGGCCCUCAGCCCAAAAAACGCCCAAUUACCCCUGCCCCACUCAUUACCCCAGCCACUGCCCCACCACCUGUUCCAGCUGGCCUGACCUUCCUCGUGUCAGCUCCUGUGAUGCCUAAGACAUUCCUCCAACUCCCAGCCAUGAUGGUGCCUGCACCUCCUGCACCUGUGAUGCAGCUCCCAGCCAGGCCUGUCCCUGUACCAGCCACAGCCCCCACUGCCCUACUGUUACCUGCACAGAUGGCUCCUGGACCUACCGUGAUCCUACCCAGACCUGUUGCUGGAACAGCCCCAUUGCUAGCUGCGCCACCGGCUCCUGGACCUGCCAAGCUCCUAGCCAGGCCUGUUGCUCCACCAGCCAUGCCCCCCCCAGCCCCACUGCCACCUGCUUCUGGACCUGUCAUGAUCCUACCCAGGCCUGUUGCUGGCACAGACCCAUUGCCACUUGCACCUCCUGCUCCACAGCCCUCCGUUUCCCGCUUCACACAGAGGAACAGGCGGAGGAGGGCAGCUGAAGAGAAAAGUGGUGUGGUAAAAAAAAGGAAGUAUGUAAGGACUGUGACACACAACAUAUGUUCUCUAUGUGGGCAGCCUAAAAGUGCAGAGUUUGGGCAUAGUCGGACUUCGAGUGCCACUUUUUGUUCACGUGCCUCAGGUGGCAAAUCUGUUGAAGAGUGGUUGGCAGAACAGAAAGGAAAAAAGUAAUGUUGCGGUUCUAUUGCACUGUAAAUAUUAAGUAUGCGUGCGUGUGUGUGAGAGGGUCUAUGUGAAGAGAAGGAGGCAUGUUUUAAUGCAAACUGUGUGUGUCCACGGUACAUGCACUGUGUACAUAUUGUUAGUAUGCACAUUGUUUACUUACUAACAGUCCGGCUGGGACAACCACAAUCACACACCGCCACUGUCUCACUCUUUGGUCUGUGCUGUGCUUCAUCCCAGGACAGUCUCCUUCAUGUUUCUCCACGUCCAUCCACUUUACCACUUGAACUGUUUUAAUUCAUCUGUGAAGUUGCAUGUGAAUGACUGUGUUAAUGUGUGUGUGUGUGUGUGUGCAUUUUUUGUGCACAUCUUACCAUGUAAAUAGUACUUCACCACUUAUACUGUUUUAAUUCAUCUUGUUGUAUAGUUGCAUGUGAAUGACUGUGUGUGUGUGUGUGUGUGUGUGUGUGUGUGUGUGUAUUUUUUGUGUACAUCAUACCAUGUAAAUAGUACUUCACCGUCCCAGCUUCCAUGUAAAUAGUACUUUUUAGCUGUUUUAAUGCAUCUUGUGUAGUCGCAUGUGAAUGACUGUGUGUGUGUGUGUGUGUGUGUGUGUGUGUGUGUGUGUGUGUGUGUGUGUGUGUGUGUGUGUGUGUGUGUGUGUGUGUGUAUUUUGUGUACAUCAUACCAUGUAAAUAGUACUUCACCACCCCAUCUUCCAUGUAAAUAGUACUUUUUAGCUGUUUUAAUGCAUCUUGUGUAGUCGCAUGUUAAUGACUGUGUGUGUGUGUGUAUUUUUUGUGUACAUCAUACCAUGUAAAUAGUACUUCACCACCCCAGCUUCCAUGUAAAUAGUACUUUUUAGCUGUUUUAAUGCAUCUUGUGUAGUCGCAUGUUAAUGACUGUGUGUGCGUGUGUGUGCACAACAUGCAUGUCUGUAUAUUUUUUGUAUACAUCAUACCAUGUAAAUAGUACUUUUUAUUGUCCCUUUUGUGAUGAACAUUAAAAGA